AUGUAUACGCGCAAAUUGGAGAGUAUGCAUCAUCCGCCCUCGGAUGUGCAUAAAUAUGACGAGGAGGAGUACACAAGGAAUCCCUUGUUACGUUUCCAUUUGGUGGAUGUAUAUGAGCGGCGACAUCACACUUUUCUUAAAUAUCAGGCAGCGAGAAUAAAAUUGCAGUUAUGUAGUACUCGUCUACCGCCGGAACCGGAAAUUCAUUUAUUGCCUGAAUGGCGUUAUGUCGACAAUUUGAGGCAAUGUGUUCGGCAAAUUUCUGUACCGAAAAUGUUAAUUAAAACGGAAAAUAAACUGCUGAGCUAUGCUCCUCAGAAAUUGCGUGAAAAAUUUCCCGAUUUAAUCAAUUCCUAUAUGAAAGAUGUGCAUCAUGAAUUUGACCGUUUAAUGAAAAUCUACAGUAUGAAAUGUUUACUUAUGCGUCCAGAGAUGGUCGUUGAAGAAGCCGAAGAGUUUAAUUUACCAAAACCAAAUUGGUAUUAUAAGUUACCUGGUCGCACUGAUCAGUAUCCACAAUAUUUGCAGAAUCGCCGUCGAAUUAAUCGACGUUUAUUGAUUUUACAUUCACCCGUACGGGCAGUUCUAAGCACUACGGAACAGGAUUUUCCAGAAUCCCUUGUUACAUUUUAUCCGCUUAUAAUGAAUGUCACUCAAGGUACAUUUUUUGGUUCGGGCCAACGGGAAUAUAUAUCGUAUAAGACGUUCCUUAAAUAUGUACAUCAAUCGCUGGAAGAUAAAAUAACGUAUUUACGAUGGAACUGGUAUCCGAAACUCAUAAGCAUAAUUCGACGCACAUACAAGAAGAAGGCCUUACCAAUGAAAACAUGGCCGGCCGCCAUCCGUUGCAUCGAAGGUUUAAUUAAUCGACAAUUUAAUAAUCUCAAACAGCGCACCAUUCAAGAUCUCAAGACCGUUUGUUGUAAUAGACGUACAAUACCGUUAAUUAAAAUCCAUCUUACUUGUUAUGAGGACGGUAUUGGCAUCGAUAUAAGUCCAUCAAUGGACGAUAUUCUCAAUGUUUAUGAAAAUGUCGUACGUGAAAUUGCUGGGGUGGGCAAUAAAAUAGAACAUAUCCAAGGUUUAAUUGAUCCGCUAUUCAUUAAUCAGGGUAACGAAUUUUUGCAUAUUGAGCUUAACGAAAAUUAUGUUUCAGAAUUUAUUGUUGAACUAAGAGAAAUAAUUCGUGAGACAUAUGAGCCCAUCAUGGCCUAUAUUGAAGCGUAUCGAAAUAAAUAUCACGGCCUCUAUAGCGAAGAGGAGCGAUUAGAUUUAGAGGAAUUCCUAUCUGAGCCGCAUAAGUUUGAUGAAUAUUUUAAAAAGAUCAAUGUUUAUUUCGAUUAUAUUAAUAAAUUGCGCUGUGAACCUAGAAAGGAAUACUUUGAAAUGGCGAUUGUUAAUAAUCAACUCGCCCAUACACGCUUACGACAAAUAGCCGAUGAUCGUAUUUCACGUAUCACCGAGGAAAUUGUCCAGUCACAUAUUAAAGCUGAAGAAGAUAUAUGCGCCGACUUUGAAUACAUUAAGGAUCGAGCUUUGGAAAUACCUAAAACUACGGAAGAAUUAUUAGCAAAUGCGGAAUAUAUGAUUUAUGUGAAAAAAGAGAAACUCUUUGAGCUUAGAGAUCGCAUACAGCAUUGUCUGGCAGUUGGUACAAAUUUAGUGGAAUUAACUGAAAUGACGCAAUAUCACUUUAAUCUAACAAUUAAAACGAUCAAUUGGCUGCAAGACAUUAAUGAGAUAUGUGAUUCGAAUGCGUCGCAACAGGAGAACUAUAAGUAUUUGUUUGAGGAGCAUUUACUUGAAGUAAUUCAAAAGUUAAAUGCCGAUAUCGAUGAAAUAAUACCAAAAACAACAAUUAUUAAUGAUAUGAGCGAUCCGGAUAAGUUCAAGGAAUAUUACAUAAUAUUACAGAAUUUCAUUGAUCAAUUGAAAACGAUGGAUGAUUAUGUGACGUGGAUUAAUAAAGAGGAGAAAUUAUUUAAAAUGCAGAAAACUGAAUAUCCAACAUUAGAGCUGCUAAAGUCAUUCGUUUUCCCAUUUGCGUCUCUAAUGAAACAUUGUAUACAAUGGAUCCGUUAUUAUAAUGUCUGGAUGGAUGGUCCAUUCGAAUAUUUGGAACCAAGGUUUGUUGAGCAAACCACCGAUGAUUUUCUCAAAGAAUUUCAAAAAAAUCAAAAAUAUUAUCGAUUAAAAAUUAAACAAGAUUCCAUAGAUAAUCCACCCUGUAAAUUUAAGGGACAAACAGAAGAUCCAGAUCCUAGUAAUCAUCCAGUGCCGCUGCGUUUAUGCAGUCGGAUGAUACAGUCUAUUAAAGAUUUCACCACUGGCGUUUUCAUUGUUAAUCAAAUGUGUCAUUCGGCGUUAAGGAAGCGACAUUGGAAGGAGAUGUCCGAAAUUGCGGGCUUCGAUUUAACACCUGACGCUGGAACUACACUGCGCAAAAUUAUAAAUUAUCGUUUAGAUAGCAAGCUUGAUCAAUUUGAAAUAAUUAGCGUAGGUGCCAUUAAGGAAUUGCAAUUAUGGAAUAAUCUUCAAACAAUGAUUCAUGAAUGGGAUAGUAAAUGUUUCCCGACCGGUCCUUAUAAGGAGACUGGCGUUCAAAUUCUUUCUAGUUUGGAUGAUAUACAAGCCAUGCUAGAUGAUCAUAUUCUGAAAACGCUUACGAUGAGAGGUUCGGCCUUUAUGAAACCCUGCGAAGACGAUGUGCGAGCUUGGUAUGAUAAAAUUAUGCGAGUCAAUGAUACCCUAGAUCAAUGGGGUAAAGUGCAAGCGAACUUUUUAUAUCUGUUGCCCAUAUUUUCUUCGAAAGAUAUUGUGGCUCAAAUGCCUGAAGAGGGCCGUCUAUUCACAAUAGUCGAGCAAACGUUUACACGCAAUAUGGGCAUGGUGUUACGGCAACCUUUGGUAAUGGAAACAGCACCAGUAUCCGGCCUUUUAGAGUCUCUACAAAAGGCUGUUGAACUUCUUGACGAUAUUACUACUGGUGUGAGCAACUAUUUGGAAAAGAAGCGUUUAUUCUUUCCACGUUUCUUUUUUUUAUCCAAUGAUGAAAUGUUGGAAAUUUUGUCUGAAACCAAAGAUCCUUUAAGGGUUUUGCCUCAUUUAAGUAAAUGCUUCGAAGGUGUUGAUAGUUUGGAAUUCGAUCAAACUAAGAAUGUGUUAUCGAUGUUGAGCAGUGAUAUGGAACUUGUACCGUUUGUGGAUAUCGUUUCAACAGCCGCGGCCGGUGGUAGUGUGGAGAAAUGGCUAUUAGGUGUUGAAAGUGAAAUGCUUAAAGCAGUACGUGAUCAAAUGGAGAAAUCCUAUCACCACUAUCCAACACUCAGACGUUUAGAAUGGAUGUGCUCUUGGCCUCAGAUGAUCGUUUUAUGUGUUUCUCAGAUCUAUUGGGCUGCCAACGUUCAUAGCAGCUUAAGGAAAAUGUCAGUUAAUCCACAUGCCGUUGCAGAUUUUUUUAAAGAAUUGAAUAUAGACCUGAAGCAAACAGUUGAACUUAUACGUUCCACAAAAAUUAGCAAUUUGAAUCGUAUCACCAUCAAAUCGUUGAUUGUUAUUGACGUACAUGCCAAGGACGUCAUAGAGGAUCUUGUGAGGCAAAAAAUUUCUAGUGAAUAUGAUUUUCAAUGGAUGUCUCAAUUACGCUAUUAUUGGGAGGAGAACGACAGUUGGGUACGUAUCAUAAACGCCACUGUACAUUAUGCCAAUGAAUACUUAGGCAACUCCGACCGUUUAGUGAUAACGCCUUUAACAGACAGAUGUUAUCGCACAUUGGUAGGCGCAUAUCAAUUACAUUUGAACGGUGCUCCCGAAGGACCGGCGGGAACUGGAAAAACGGAAACUACUAAAGACUUGGCCAAAGCAUUGGCUGUGCAAUGCAAAGUCUUUAACUGUUCCGACGGCUUAGAUUACAAGGCAAUGGGUAAAUUUUUCAAAGGAUUGGCUUCAUGUGGUGCGUGGGCGUGUUUUGAUGAGUUCAACCGUAUUGAGGUGGAGGUACUGUCCGUUGUAGCUCAACAAAUUCUUUUAAUUAUACAAGCUGUCAGAGCCAAGGCCGUUAAAUUUAUGUUUGAGAAUACGGAAUUGGUUUUAAAUCCUGCUUGUUAUGUGUGCAUUACUAUGAAUCCCGGUUACGCUGGACGUUCAGAAUUGCCAGAUAAUUUGAAAGUUCUAUUUCGUUCCGUUGCCAUGAUGGUACCUGAUUACGCUAUGAUCGGCGAGAUAUCUUUGUACUCUUACGGAUUUGUCGAUGCUCGAAAAUUGUCCGUUAAAAUCGUGACAACUUAUCGCCUGUGCUCCGAACAGCUGUCAAUGCAAAAUCAUUACGAUUAUGGUAUGAGAGCCGUGAAAACUGUCCUCUCGGCAUGUGGUAACAUAAAGAAACAAUUCCCGAAUGAAGUUGAAGAUAUUUUAUUAUUACGUUCCCUAAUCGAUGUCAAUUUACCCAAGUUCAUGUCCUUUGAUAUACCUCUAUUUGAAGGAAUAAUAUCAGAUAUAUUUCCGGGUAUUACAUUGCCCUACAUUGAUUACACUUUAAUUGAGCGGGAAUUUAAGCAUUUCUGCGCAGAAAUGGUACUAGAACCAACCGAAAGCUUUUUGAUUAAAGUGAUACAAACUUAUGAAAUGAUUAUUGUCCGCCACGGUUUUAUGAUGGUGGGUGAGCCAUUAGCUGGUAAAAGUAAGACGUUACAAAUUUUGGCGAAAAUUUUAUCAUCCUUGAAAAUAAAAGCACCUGGAAAAAGUCCAUAUUACCAACAUGUUUUAAUGGGCAUUAUGAAUCCGAAGUCUAUUACAAUGAAUCAAUUGUAUGGAUCAUUCGAUCCAGUGUCUUAUGAAUGGACCGAUGGUUUAGUGGCAAGAAUAUAUCGAGAUUUUGCUAUGACUCCGACACCAGAUAGAAAAUGGGUUAUUUUUGAUGGACCGGUGGACGCUGUAUGGAUUGAGAAUAUGAAUACAGUUUUGGACGAUAAUAAAAAAUUAUGCUUAACAUCCGGUGAAGUCAUAACGAUGACUAAAGAGAUGUCUAUGAUAUUUGAGGUUAUGGAUUUGGCGCAAGCCUCUCCUGCUACGGUUUCUCGUUGCGGUAUGAUUUAUAUGGAGCCCGCCACCUUGGGCUGGCGUUCAUUUGCCGACUGUUGGCUUAAAAAGUGCGAUACGCGAUGGGCCGAUGAGGAAGGCUGCGCGUAUGUAAUUACUUUAUUGAGUUGGCUUUUAGAACCGUGUCAAGAAUUUGUGCGUAAAAGUUGUCGUCAAUUUAUAAAGCCUGGAGAAUUUAAUUGCUUGACGACAACCUUCGACUUGUUCGACAUGUGCAUGUUUGAAGCCAUUGAAGAAAAUCCAGAGGAUUAUCAAAAAAAUUUACAAACCUAUUUUCAAGCUGCAACAUUAUUCUCACUAAUUUGGGGUGUAGCAGGCAUUUUAGAUACAGGAUCCAGAGACAAAUUUGACGCCUUUCUUCGAAAAAUUUGGACGGAUGAAGACAAUAUACCAGAGGAAUUGGGUAAAAUUGAGUUACCCAUUCCUUUAGAAGGCAUUCUGGCUGACUAUGUUUAUGUUUUUAAACAAAGAGGUGCAUGGCGGUCUUGGAAUGAAUUGGCUAAACGUAUGGAUGUCGAAGACACGCCCUUGGGAGUUCAAGUGCCUACCAUAGACACUGCGCGCUACAUACAUUUGCUAAAAAUGCACAUUUUGCAUAAAAAGCGUCUGUUAUUUGUUGGCCCCACGGGAACGGGGAAAAGUGUUUAUAUACAGAAUCAUAUGAUGAAUAAACUUGAUACUGAUAUAUAUGAAUCGGCUUUCAUGACAUGCACCGUCAUGAUAACGGCUAAUCAAAUCCAAGAAUUGCUCAUAUCAAAGUUGUUGAAGUGGAAACGCGGCAUUUAUGGUCCGCCAAGAGGUAAGCACUCGAUCCUGUUUGUGGACGACAUGAAUAUGCCCAUUAAGGAAGAAUAUGGCGCCCAGCCACCAUUAGAAUUAUUGCGACAAUAUUUUGAUUACGGCCACGUCUAUGAUUUGAAAGAUAGCUCCAAGAUUUUCAUGCAUAAUAUUAUAUUUAUUAGCGCGUGUGGUUUACCAGGUGGUAGCCGGCAGGACGUCUAUCCACGCUUUCUUAACCAUUUUAAUAUAUUUUCCAUUAACACGUUUAGCGAUGAUACCAUGAAUCGCAUAUUUGUCAAUGUACUAAUGAACGGUUUCAGGAAAACCGGUCACGGUAACGAUGUCUUUCUAAUCGCCAAUCAAAUUGUGAAUUCCACGCAACAAAUAUUUAAAUUGAUUCAAGCCGAAAUGAGAGCAACACCCGCGAAAUCGCAUUACAUUUUUAAUUUGCGUGACAUAGCUCGCGUGGUAACGGGCUGUUCAUUAAUGCGCAAGGAAACUGUAAACGACAAGAAAAUAUUUACGCGCUUAUGGUAUCACGAAUGCAUGCGAGUUUUUUAUGAUCGUCUAGUGAAUGAUAAUGAUCGUCAAUGGUUGUUUGAUAAAUUGAAUGAGUGCGUUCGCGUUUUCUUCAGAGAUAAAUUGGAAAGUGUUUUUGAACAAUACUGUACCGAUAUAAAUGGUGAACCCACUUUUACUAUUGAGGGAGCCAACAAUAUAUUUUUCGGUGUUUAUUUCGAUGAGGAUAGCGUACCAGAUGAGCGACGGUAUGAGGAGGUCCCGAGUAUGGCGGUUUUAUACAAAUUGGCAAUCACAAGUUUGGAUGAUUAUAAUUCCACACGACGUUCAAAAAUGGAUAUAAUCCUUUUCACGUUUGCUUUGCAACAUUUAAAUCGAAUUUGUCGAAUUAUCUCGAUAGGUGGCGCUAGUGCUUUAUUAAUUGGUUUAGGUGGCUCCGGACGUCAAUCCUUGACAAAAUUAGCCACAAAUAUGGUUCAGACGGCUUUUUUUCAACCAGAGAUCACAAAAAAUUAUGGUCCGAACGAUUGGCACGACGAUUUAAAGAAUGUACUUAAAGAAGCGGGAGGAUUGGAUAAACAUACUGUAUUUUUAAUGACUGAAAAUCAAAUCAAAAUGGAAUUAUUUUUGCAAGACAUAGAUUGCUUGUUAAAUCAAGGCGAAGUUCCCAACAUUUAUGCGAUUGAUGAGAAACAAGAAAUUCUGGAAUUAGUUCGGCUAGCAGCCCAAGGCGGUAAUCGCAACAUUGACAUCUCACCCUUGCAAGUCUUUGCCUUCUUUGUCAACCGAUGUAAACGCAAAGUGCAUAUUGUGCUAAGUCUAUCUCCUAUUGGUGAUGCUUUGCGCACGCGAGUGCGUUUAUAUCCUUCUCUUGUGAAUUGCUGCACAAUUGACUGGUACCAAAGUUGGCCAGAGGAGGCCUUGCAGAUGAUAGCUAAAAUAUCUUUGGAAAGUGUGGAAGUACCGUCAGAUCAAAUUAAGCAAGCUAUAGUGGAAACUUGUCAAUAUUUUCAUACCACUGCUAGCAAGGUGUGCGCGGAGUUCUGCGAAGCCACCAAUAGAUACAUUUAUUUAACCAACGCCUAUUUUUUAGAAUUGAUAUUAUCAUUUCAAUCUGUUUUUGGACGUAAACAAAAAGAGGUCAUGAGCGCUAAAAUGCGUUAUAUCGGAGGCCUUGAAACUUUAGCCUCAGCGGCUGCAGCUAUUGCUAUUAUGCAAACAGAAUUAAAUGCUUUGCAGCCGAAAUUGUUAGCUUUAGCGGAAAAUUCGCGUAAGAUGAUGGUUGAAAUUAAUACAGAAACUAUAGCGGCUAGUGCUGCCGCCGAUCAGGUAAAGAAAGAUGAAGAAGUAGCCAGCCUUCAGGCUGAGGCUGCUCAAGCUUUAAAAGUAGACUGUGAAAAAGACUUAGCUCAAGCUAUACCGGUUCUGGAGGAAGCUAUUCAAGCUUUGAACACACUUAAGCCGGCUGAUAUUACUUUAGUAAAAUCGAUGAAGAAUCCUCCUGCUAUUAUUAAAUUAGUGAUGGCAGCUGUCUGCGUUAUUAAGGGCAUACCCCCAGAUCGUAUAGCUGAUGCAGCUUCCGGUAAAAUGGUUAACGAUUACUGGGGUCCGAGUAAACGCCUUUUGGGUGAUCUAAAUUUCUUGCAAAAUCUUAAAGAUUUUGACAAAGACAAUAUUAAUCCCGAUAUCAUGCGAAGGAUACGCAAAGAAUUUAUACCUAACAAAGACUUUGAUCCUAAGAUUGUUGCCAAAGCAUCGAGUGCUGCCAAGGGCUUGUGCCAAUGGAUAAUUGCCAUGGACUUGUAUGACAACGUAGCCAAAGUAGUGGCCCCUAAAAAAGCUAAAUUGGCAGCGGCUGAGAAGGAAUAUGCCGACACUAUGACAUUCUUAAAUGAGAAAAGGGCAAUGGCAGCAGCAUUGGAAGCCAAAGUGGCAAAAUUGAACGAGGACCUUGAAAGAGCGAAUAUUGAAAUGAAACGGACUCAAGAUGAAGCUGAUCUCUGUCAAAAUAAAUUGGUUAGAGCUAAGUCUUUGAUUGAUGGUCUAGGUGGCGAGAAAUCACGUUGGACGAAAGCCGCCGAAGAUUUACAAAAUUUAUACGAUCAUCUGCCUGGAGAUAUUUUGCUAUCGUGCGGUAUCAUCGCCUACCUGUCAGCAGUGAACUAUCAGUAUCGCAACGCGUGUGUAGAAGAUUGGUACAAGAAAUGCGUUAAGCUUAAAAUACCUAUUUCAGAUGACUACAGUAUUAUUAAAGCUUUAGGUGUAGAGAUUACAAUACAAAGCUGGAAUAUUUUUGGUCUACCAAAUGAUGUUUUCUCUACGGAGAAUGCGAUUAUAGCGUUCAAUUCUAGUCGCUAUAGUUUGUUUAUAGAUCCGCAAGCUCAGGCGAAUAAUUGGAUUAAAAAUAUGGAACGUAAGAAUCGCCUCGGAACCGUUAAAUUCAAUCAGGCCAAUUACAUGAAAGUCAUAGCUGAGGCCAUGGAAUACGGUAGUCCAGUAAUAAUAGAAAAUGUGCUUGAGGAACUUGAAGUUCCAUUGGAUCCAAUAUUAAUGCGCAACACUUUUAUGCAAGGCGGCCAAAAAUAUGUGAGCUUGGGUGACAAUAUUGUACCCAUAUCGAGCAACUUUCGUUUAUAUAUGACGAGCAGUUUAAGAAAUCCACAUUAUUUGCCAGAGACAUUCAAUAAGGUAACAAUUAUCAACUUUGCUUUAACGCAAAGUGCUCUCGAGGAUCAGUUAUUAAGUAUUGUAGUAGCCAAGGAAAGGCCGGAUUUGCAAGAAUUGCGUAUGUCGUUAACAGCUGAGGAAGCAAGAAAUAAAGCUGCUCUCGUAGAUGCUGAAAAUAUGAUUUUAAAAACAUUAACAUCUUCCGAAGGUGAUAUUUUGGAGGAUGAAGGUGCAAUACAAAUUUUAAAUGAGUCGAAAGCAUUAUCUUUGGAUAUAGUUGCUAAGCAAGCAGCCUCCGUUGAAACAUCUGCUAAAAUUGAAGCUUUCCGCUUAAAUUAUAAGCCGGUGGCGGUGCAUUCUUCAAUUUUGUAUUAUUCCAUUACUGAUUUACCUAAUGUAGAUCCGAUGUAUCAGUUCUCUUUGAAUUGGUACAUCAAUCUUUACAAAUAUUCUAUAGAAACUGCCAAUAAAUCUAAGGAGUUGGCUAGGCGAAUUAAGUUCUUAUUGGAUGCUGUAACCAAAAAUCUAUAUAAUAAUGUUUGCCGUUCAAUAUUUGAAAAGGAUAAACUACUUUUCUCUUUUAUAUUGUGCGCUCGCAUUUUAUUAGGCAAUAAUCAAAUAGAGAUGCGUCAAAUGAUUCAUUUGUUAACAUCACCUAGAGAAAAUCUAAAUUUACCUCCCAAUCCCAAUCCAAAAUGGAUAACAGACGUGAUCUGGUUGAAUAUUGUACGUUUAGAAGAGUUACCCGAAAUGAAGGGCUUCGUUAAAUCGUUCACAUCAAACUUAUCAGCAUGGGAACGUAUUUACGAUCAUAGUGAACCUCAAGAUCAAAUUUAUCCCGAGCCAUGGAAUAAUAAAACAACCAGAAUUGAAAAAAUUAUUAUUCUUAAGGCCUUACGACCGGAUAAAGUAUUUUUAGCCGUGCAGCAUUUCAUAGCCAACGAGAUUGGGGCGCAAUUUGUAACGCCGCCAGACUUUGAUAUAAGCAAAUCGUUCACUGAAUCGACAGCGUUGACUCCAUUGAUUUUUAUCCUGUCGCCAGGAGCUGAUCCUUUGGGCGCAUUAUUGUCGUACGCUGAAAAAAUGGGUUACGAUGAAACUUUUCAAAGUAUCUCGUUGGGGCAAGGGCAAGGCCCUAUCGCUGAAAAUCUCAUUAAAAAUGCCCAAGAUCUUGGAUAUUGGGUAUGCUUGCAAAAUUGCCAUUUAGCGGCUUCUUUUAUGCCUCGUUUAGAGUUUUUGUGGGAAAAUAUGGAUACAUUUAAUACAUCACCAUCUUUUCGCAUAUGGCUGACCAGUUAUCCGACUCCACAAUUUCCGGUGGCAUUACUGCAAAACGGUGUUAAAAUGACGAAUGAGCCACCUACCGGUCUAAAAGAGAAUAUAAUGCGUUCUUAUAAUUCGGAACCAAUAAAUGAUCCAAACUUCUAUAAUGGCGUGAUCCAUCAAGAUCGUGCUUUUACACGUUUACUUUUUGGUAUAUGUUUCUUUCAUGCUGUUGUACAGGAGAGACGUAAAUAUGGCCCAUUGGGCUGGAAUAUCGCGUAUGGUUUCAAUGAAUCAGAUUUACAAAUAUCUGUACUGCAAUUAAGCAUGUUGCUAAAUCAGUAUGAACAUGUACCUUAUGCUGCUUUAUCCUAUUUAACAGCUGAAUGUAAUUAUGGUGGUCGUGUAACCGACGCGUGGGAUCGUAGAGCCAUAGUAACUAUCCUCGCCGAUUAUGUCAAUCCGGAUGUUGUGGGCGAUGUACGCUAUAAAUUUGCUAUUGAUGAUCGUUUCAUGGUGCCACGAAAGACUGAGCAUCGAGAUAUUUUACGUUUCGUAGACGAAAACUACCCAUCGCUUGCAUCUCCCGAAGUUUAUGGGUUGCACGCGAAUUCGGGAAUUACACGUGACUUGAGCACGAGCAAAACUCUGCUCGAUUCGAUGAUUUUGAUAAUAAGCUCCGAAUUCGCUUCUAGCUCCGGUGCUGGUCAGAGCGCCGAUCAAAUGCUACUCGAUACAAUUAAUCAAAUAAUUACUGCAAUGCCGCCUAAUAUGGAUGUUGAUGCUGCAAAAAAAAAGUACCCAGUUGAUUACAACGAAUCGAUGAACACAGUGAUUACGCAAGAAAUGGAACGCUUUUUAAAACUACAAUUAGAAAUACGAAGUUCAUGUCGGGACAUCGAAAACGCCAUUGACGGUAUUAUAGUUAUGACGCCAGAAUUGGAAGGUGUAAUCGGUGCAAUAAAAUUGAAUCGCAUACCAACAAAGUGGAUGAAAAAAUCUUAUCCUAGUUUAAAACCUUUAUCCUCGUAUGCUCAAGAUUUAUUUAAGAGACUUAAUUGGCUGCACGAUUGGCAUCGUUACGGUAAGCCGCCAACUUUCUGGUUAUCAGGCUUCUUCUUCACGCAGGCAUUUCUCACUGGGGCAAUGCAAAAUUUUGCUCGUAAAUAUAAAAUACCUAUCGAUACCUUAACAUUUGAUCACGAGAUGUUGGACGAACUUACUAAAAUUAAGCCGCCAGCGGACGGCGUUUACGUAAAUGGUUUGUUUUUGGAGGGCGCCCGUUGGAAUUGGGAAAAAAAACUUCUUGAUGAGCAGCUGCCUAAGGUACUGAUUUAUCAAAUGCCUGCAAUAUACUUGAAACCUGUGCCCAUAACCCAUUUAACCGAGGGAUCCCGUUAUAAAAGCCCUCUAUACAAAACUGGCGAACGCAAAGGUACUUUGUCCACGACAGGACAUUCCACAAAUUAUGUGAUACCCGUAUUUCUAAAUACCAAAGUUAAACCUACUCACUGGGUUAAGCGCAGUGUUGCUCUAUUAUGCCAGACCAAUGAUUGA